GACGAACGGCUUGUUCGAAAAUACAACAAGGAAGUGAGCGUUUAUUGUGAAGGGACAAUAAUCACCGGAUAAAACAUCUCUUCGUAUCUGGUGGAGGGUCUGCUCGCUCGGCUGCUGGGUGUCGGGGGGAGGGUGAAGUCACCGUGGACUUGCCCGUUUCUGAUCCGUCUCCGGGGAGUCUUUGCUCGUAGCCAGCUAACUAGCUAGCGAUGAACACGGACGUGGAAUUUCACAUCAGGCAGAAUUAUCCGUGGAACAAGCUCCCUGCUAAUGUCAAACAGAGUUUGGGGAACUCGCAGCGUGAAUAUGAGAAGCACGUUCUGCUGUACAGCAUCCGCAACCAGCUGCGAUUCCGCAAUAACCUAGUGCGCCAUGUGAGGAAAGAUGAACGCAAGUAUUAUGAGGAGCUCCUGAAGUACAGCCGGGAACACCUGAUGCUGUACCCCUACCACCUGUCUGACAUCAUGGUCAAAGGGCUGCGGGUCACUCCAUUCUCAUAUUACAUAGGAAUCAUGGAGGAUAUUAUGAACAGUGAGAAGAGUUACGACUCGUUGCCCAACUUCACUGCUGCUGACUGUCUGCGGCUGCUUGGCAUUGGGAGAAACCAGUACAUUGACCUGAUGAAUCAGUGCAGGUCUUCCAAAAAAUUCUUCCGCAGGAAGUCGGCGCGGGACCUGUUGCCGGCCAAACCGGUGGAAAUCUCUGUGGAGCCGUGGUGGGUGGCUCAGACAGGCUACAUCACUGAGGACGAUAUCAGGAUCUGCUCUCCGGCAGAGAAAAAAGCCAUUGAUAAGAUGAUAGAUUCUGGUCCUCAGCUGGCUGGAUCGAUGGAGUACAAUGUGGUCUUAAGCUUGUACAACCGGGGCUUCAUCUACUUGGAUGUUCCCAUAUCUGAUGACAGCUGCAUCUCAGUGCCCCCACUGGAAGGCUUUGUCAUGAACCGCGUUCAGGGUGAUUACUUCGAAACGCUUCUCUACAAAAUCUUUGUGUCUAUUGAUGAGCAGACAAACGUAGCGGAGCUGGCAAACGUGUUGGAGAUUGACUUGGGUUUAGUGAAGAAUGCAGUGUCCAUGUACUGUCGCCUCGGCUUCGCUGUAAAGAAAGGUCAGGUGUUCUCCUCAGACCAGCUCCACCCCACCUGGAAGAACGCCCCAUCUGUCAACCGACUCAAGAGCACCAUGGACCCUCAGAAGAUGCUGCUGUCCUGGGAGCAGGGCAGUCCUGUCAUGGAGGGAGGCUCCUCAGCCACCGACACAGACACCACCAGUCUGGAAGACCAAGCAGACACAGGCAGCGUCAGCAGCCUGAGCAUCCCAGCCGCACCCACAAAGAGGAUCGCCUUCCUGUUUGACUCUACCCUCACAGCCUUCCUCAUGAUGGGCAACCUGUCUCCGAACCUGAAGAGUCAUGCAGUGACCAUGUUCGAGGUGGGUAAGCUGUCCGAUGAGACUCUGGACAGCUUCCUGGCCGAGUUGGAGAAGGUGGAAAGCACAGCAGAAGGCGAGGCCCAGCGUUACUUUGACCACGCUCUGACCCUGAAAAAUACCAUCCUCUUCCUGCGCUAUAACAAAGAACUCACUCAAGACCAGGGACCUGAUAUCCCAAAUAUAGGUUUCCCCUUGGACAUGCUGCGCUGUGAGAGCCUGCUGGGUCUGGACCAAGCCACCUGCAGCCGCGUCCUCAACAAGAACUACAAGCUGCUCGUCUCGAUGGCGCCGCUCAGUAACGAGAUCAGACCCAUCAGCAGCUGCACGCCUCAGCACAUUGGCCCGGCCAUCCCCGAGGUGAGCUCCAUCUGGUUCAAGCUGUACCUGUACCAUGUGACCGGCCAAGGCCCGCCAUCUCUGCUGCUCUCCAAAGGCUCCAGGCUCCGCAAACUGCCGGACAUAUUCCAGGUCUACGACAGGUUGUUGAUCACCUCCUGGGGUCACGACCCUGGAGUCGUCCCUACAUCCAACGUGCUGACCAUGCUCAACGACGCCCUCACACACUCUGCUGUACUUAUUCAGGGUCAUGGCAUGCACGGCCAUGGAGAAACCGUUCACAUCCCGUUCCCUUUUGAUGAGGAAGAUCUGAAAACAGAGUUCUCCUACUCCAACAUGUGCACGCACAAGGCGCUGCAGAAGCUGAAGGAGCAGGUGGACCUGGAGCACCAGUGUGGCUACAUCACCAUGCUCAACUCCAACAACAGGCACCGUCGCAGGGCCAGCGACAGCACUGAGUGCAGAGGGGACACGCAUCUAGGCGGAGGUCUGGACACCAACGGCAGCACUGAGUCCUUUGAGCUCGUGACAGAAGAAAACAACGGGGACGGCAAAGCAAAGACAGACACCCUUUCAUCUGAAGACGAGUGGGUCCCUCUUGAACUGUGCUUCGGCAUGCCCCUCUUCAGCUCGGAGCUCAACCGCAAAGUGUGUCGAAAAAUCGCCUCGCACAAACUGUGCAGCAGUGAAAGCCUUCAAGAGCUACUUCAUUCGAGCCGAAAGCUAUCGCUGAAGGUGCUGAGCUUCGUUCAAUCAUUCCAGGACGGCAUCCUGCCCGCUGACCUGGACAGCGGCGUGUCGAACCCUCUCAGUCAGCCCCCGGCGGAGUCCGGUGUCCCCCUGCCCGCCCUCAACCUCCUCUUCAAGGACGGGCAGCUGAAGGAGUGGAGCGGGCGGGCCCCUCCUCCCCUGGACAUCUCAGCUCUGCAGAAGGACCAACCCACAUAAAGCCCCCCCCCCCCCAAAACUUCCAGAUUUGAGGAAAAAUUCUUAUUGGAGGUCCAUCCCUGCAUCUUCAUAUCUGAUCACAAGGAAACAAACUCAUUCAGAAGCAUCGCCCUCUUGUCAGUCAGUAUCCACUCAUGGGAAAUUUAGCCUCGCCUGCACUUUGUCAUUAACCUACUGUAUGAGGAAUCAUUCUUCUGACAGCGUUGCCAACACUAGUCCCACCCCCCACCCCCACCCCGUCCCGCUGUUCUCCUCUGUGAUUCCUCGUAUUUGUAGCAAGGCAGUGUUAUCUGUUGGAGUGGUGCUAAUAUCACAAUAUAUAACAAUGAUGCAGGUAAACAGCAUAUAACCUGGAACGCCAUUUAACUGGAAACACAAAGGCUGUUCUUCACUGACUAGUCCCCCCCCCCCCAACCUGACCUGACCCGACCUGACCCUUUCAAUCAGUGGAUGUUUUGUGAUCCUCGAGAGCGAAGUGUAAAAGUGGUUGAUAUCGUAUAGAUGUUCUAAAAAUGACCCACAAAAUAAACAAAGUGUUGAACAGACUUCUUCAGGAAUCAUUUGACGAUAUGCAUAUUCCAGGACCAAGUCUUUGAACUGGAGUCCAGAUACAGAGCCCCGCUGCCUCCCCGUGUCGUCUCAUGUUAAGUGAUCUGAUGCAUGAUACCGUUGCACAACUCGUACCAUUAAAACAAAAAAAACAAAAAAAAACAAACAACUUUCCUCUUUACUCGUAAUCAAUAUCGGGGGCAUUUAUUGUUUGCACUGUGCAGGAUUUCAAACAAACCUGUGGAUGAAGUAAUGUCAUGUAUUUUUUUUAUGUUGGAUCUGUUGUAGUGCGCACAUGAUAUUAGAGCUCACGUUCUUCACAAGAAAGUGUUUCCUCUUAGAAACUCAGACAGGCAUCAGAGAAGCUGCUGUUUUGUUCUUUUUUUUAAAAAGAAAAUCUAUCAUUCUUUCUUUUUCAGUACAAGAGAAACACCAAAGACCAUUUUCUUUUCUUGUAUAAUGAUUUUUUUUUUUUAAAUCUUUUACUGUCUUUUCUUUUUUUUUUCUCUGCCUUAUCACUGUCAGCCAAUCAAAACUCCCAGGUCUUUGAUCAAAUCUCUGGAUUUGAUUUGCUUAUGUUUAGUUUUUUCUGCCUUUUUUUAUUUUAUUUUUUUAUUUUACAAAUGAUUUUUGUGCAUUUCAUCAAGUGUAUGCGUCCAAUUAAAGCAACAACAUUGGAUCACAAACUACCAACUCGUGUUAAGAAUUCGACAAGUUUAACCAAGUGUACCUAAUAUCAUAGAAUGGGAACAGUCAGGUCUGUGUGUUUGACCCAGGCCUGUCGUCUGCCAGUAUCUCUCCCUGGAUCGACUCCAGCUUGUGUGCAGUGCGGUCCACACUUGGCCGGCCCACUGCACUCUCCAUGGUAUUCUGUUUACACCAUGUUUUCGAGAAACGGGGUUUGUAGUCUAGAGAGAAGACGGCAACUUUCGCUGUGGCUAACACAGACCCAUGGGAUGGAAAUGCUAAUGCUUUGCCCAGCGUCUCAGAGAUGUGAUGGUGUGUGUGGCUCCAAGAAUACUUUUUUAUUGCAUUUAGUGAUAACCCAUUUUGUUCAGUUUCUUCUCUCUCUUUUUUUUUUUUUUGAAGGAAUCUGCAGUUUUUGACCCACUUGUGGUUAUUUCUAAUAACGUGAUGCUGAAAUAGAGAAAAAAAAAGACUAACACGAGGUCCCAUUGAAGCAUGACGACUGUGUAGAAACUGUUGUGUGUGCGUGUGUGUGUGUUGUGUAUGCGUGUGUAUUGUACACCUCACUCUCGGUGUGUUUUCAUACAUGCCUACCUUUCACAAUAAGAGUCCCAUCUUAAUCCUGCCUGUCUGUUAUCUAGUUGCAGUACUCGGUUAUCCUAGAUACCCCCCCAUCCUCCCUGAGGUAUACAUCCACCACAGUGUUUUUAAAAAAAAUGCUAGUUUUGUAUGUCAGCCUAUAUUUUAGGAACUCUUUGUUGUAGCUUAUUUAAUGGGACUGUGAAUAUCAUUGACUGAGUUAAUAAUGAUGACGCUCUUGUAAUUAAAUGGGUUUUAAAAAAAAAAAA